AAAGAAUGCAUAUAUUUGGAAAACAUUUAUAAAAAGAAUUUCGAAUAUUUGAUGAGGUCUUAACAAAUUUUAGCAUAUUUUCCGUUACAAAAGAAUUUUUAUUAAAUUUGACAAGUUUAUUCUAACAAUGGAAGAAAGUAAAGUAGAAGGAGAAUCAGAUAAAUCAUAUUCCACAGAAUCUCUCGAAUCUCUGAAAUAUGAUGAAAUGGAUGAAAUGGAAUCUGAAGAAGAAGAGGAAUUCAUAUUCACAGAAGAAGAUAUCGAAAAAGAAAUUCCUUUGUGUGAAUUAAAGAACUAUUUUGGAGAACGUAACGAUAAAGGGGAAAGACACGGAUUUGGAAAAGCAAUUUAUCCUAAUGGAGAUGUUUACGAAGGAUGUUAUAGUUAUAACAGAAAACAUGGUGAUGGCAGAUAUGUUUAUCACAACGGAGCAGAAUAUAAAGGUACAUGGCGAGAUGGAGAAAAGGAUGGUUCGGGAACCUUACGUUAUCCAGAUCAAAGUGUUUAUAAUGGCCAGUUUUAUAGGAAUAAUAGACACGGUUCAGGUCAUUAUUAUUAUACAAAUGGAGACGUAUAUGUCGGAGAAUGGCAAUAUGAUCUGCGACAUGGUUAUGGUACUUAUAGAUAUAGUAGAACAGGCGCGCAGCUUCUCGGCAAUUGGAUAAAAGAUCGAAUGUCGGGAUCAGGAGAAUUGAUUAUGGGAAACUUUAUAUUUGUCGGAAUAUUUAAAGAUUGCCAACCUGUAAAAGGAAGAUUUUUAUUUGAGAGUAAAACAGAACAAUAUGGCGAAUUUAUAUCAAAAAAACUAGAUGAUCGUAAAUCAGGUCUAGUAUGGAAAGGAGGAAAAGUACAAAAAGCUGCCCUUAAAGGGGGAAUCGCAGAUAUUGUUAAAUUUGACGAAAAAGAAUAUUUAUUGGCUGCAGAGAAAGAAGACGAUACGCUUGAACCAACAGUUUCAGUUGAUGCGUUGCCUACAAAACAAUCUAUUAUUGAUAUAGAUUUAAAGGAUGAAAACACUGAAAGAUUUUCUACAAAUAUAUCUCAAGCCGAAGACAUCAUAGAAUUAACAGAAGAGGAAACGCCAAAAUAGUACUUUUAAUUUCACUAAAAAUUUUUUGUUUUAGUCUAUUUUGAUAGAAAUAAAAUCUACUAAUUUAAUGUUUGUUAAUUAUAAGUUCAUAUCUUGUAAAAUAUUAAA